AUGUCUGUCGAUGAUAUAUUCGAUGCCGCAAUCGAACUGUCGUUCAACACCGGAAAGGGAGGCGCAUGGGAUGAUCGAGAGCUGAUUAAAGCUAGUGAAGCAGCGAUGAAGGAGUUUCACGUACAUCAUCCUGGACCUGGAAGCUGGUUAGAUAAAGCAACGGCAGCUUUGAGCGCAGGAAAGAAAUUACCUGGCGCAGACGAUUAUGGGACAUCCUGGUAUUCAGCUUCGUUACCUGACGAAAGUCCAGCCCUACCUGAAGCCGAAGCUUCAACUUCGACGCAGACUCAAUAUGAUAAAAUACAAUAUGAUCAACCAACACAUAAGAAGAGACGUACACAGAGGAACAAUCGCAACAUUACUGGAAGUGAAAGUAGGAAUAGGAACGGGAAUGGGAAUGGAAAUACGAAUGUGAUAAAUCCUUACGCACCGACAACAACGAGAUAUUCACCUUCAUAUCAACCUCCUUCUCCUACGACUCAAACGCAAAACGACACUACGAUGGCAAAUGGGCGCGAGGAGGAAGAACAAGACGAAGAGGAGGAAGAAGGAGAUGAGGAAUUUGACGCCGAAGAAGAUGAUGAUGAUGAUGAAGAAGAAGAAGAAGAAUAUGAUGAAGACGCAGAAUGGAAUAUUCAAGACUAUCCUAACCCACAACCUCCACAAUCCCAACAAAAUCAAAAUCGAGAUCAAAACCAAUCGAUUCCUCAAAACGGAAAUGGGUAUGACCAAUUAUUCCCUUCUUUAGGUGUAUAUCCUCCUGGAGGAAUAGUCAGAGAAGAAGCUUUAGGUUACGCUAUGACAGCGCAAUAUUGGGCUGGAUAUUGGAUGGGUGUAGCUCAAUCACAAAUUCAGCCUCCAGUUCCCCAAAGUUCAGAGAAGAAAAAGAAGAGAAAGAGAAAAGUCAAUAGUGUUGUUCAUGCAGAAUCAACGCUUGUGGAUCCAAUUACGAAUGGGGAAGGUGCUGAGGAUGGGAGUAAUAUCAAAAUUACGAAGAGGUAUUUCAAUAAACCUGUGAUUGCUGGAUUAAGGCGUUGA